AUGGGUCCCAUUGCUCGCUUGCACCUCACACCUCUCACUGUACUGCUGUUGGUGACAGUGGUGUGCGUGCUGCUCUUCCUGCUGGGGGUGGGCGGCAACCUGAGCACGCUUCUGGUGUUCUGCCGCUGCCGGGAGCUGCGCUCCACCACCACCCUCUACCUGUCCAGCAUGGCCCUCUCCGACGUCCUCAUCUUCAGCGGCCUGCCCCUCGACCUGUACCGCCUGUGGCGCUACCGGCCCUUCCCCUUUGGCGACUUCCUGUGCCGCUUCCAGUUCUACCUGAGCGAGUCAUGCACCUACGCCACCGUCCUGCACAUCACGGCACUCAGCGUGGAGCGCUACCUGGCCGUGUGCUUCCCGCUGUGCGCCCGCCGCCUGGUCACCCGGGCCCGUGUACGGCUGCUGAUCCUGGGCCUGUGGGGCGUGGCCGGGGCCACGGCGGGUCCCGUCUUCUUCCUGUUCCAUGUGGAGGGCCAGGAGUGCCGGCCCACGGAGGUGGGCGUGCGCUCAGGCCUGCUGCGGGCCAUGACCUGGGUCUCCACGCUCUAUUUCUUCCUGCCGCUCGCCUGCCUCUGCCUACUCUAUGGCCUCAUCUGCAGGAAGCUGUGGGCCACGCAGCUGGGGCCCCGCGGCCGCAUCCGCCACAGGCACCACCGACAAACCGUCAAGCUGCUCGGUGCAGUGGUGCUGUCCUUUGCUCUCUGCUGGCUGCCAUUCCAUGCAGGCCGCAUCCUGUUCUCCAGCGUGGCGCGGGCAGGCGAGGAAGAGGAGGAGGAGGAGGACCGGGGCCCGGCCCUGUACGCCGCCUCGCAGAACUUCAACCUGGUGGCCAUGCUGCUCUUCUACCUCAGCGCCUCCAUUAACCCUGUCCUCUACGGGCUGGUCUCGGCGCGGCACCGCUCCGCCCUGCGCCGGACCCUCCUGCCGCGGUCCCCCAGGGGAGCCGGGUCCAGCCGCCCCAGCCAGGUCACCUUCACGCCAAACACGGAACUCUGCACUAGCGUCUGA